AUGAACUAUGUGGGGCACCUGGCUGGGACCGUCUUGGGCACGAUGAAGGCGCUGUACCAGGAUCUGAACCCUGCCACCCUGUCGGGCUGCAUUGAUGUGCUCGUGGUGAGGCAGCCCGACAACUCCUUCAAGUGCUCCCCAUUCCAUGUUCGCUUUGGGAAGCUGGGAGUGCUGCGCUCCAAGGAGAAGGUGGUUGACAUUGAAAUCAAUGGAGAGCCUGUGGAUCUGCACAUGAAGCUGGGAGACAAUGGAGAAGCCUUCUUUGUCGAGGAGUCAGAGGAGCAUGAGGGCAGAAUCCCCUCCUACCUCUGCACGUCCCCCAUCUGCAAGGAGAGGAGCUCAAAUUAUGCUGUUCUACCCUCCUAUGGGCUGGAGGUCACCAGCACUGGAGUGAUCUUCCGCAAGAAGAGGCGACGCAAGAGAAGGCCCAAGAUAAAGGUGGUGUUGGACUCAGGUUCUGACAGCUAUGAUGAGACCAAAAGUGAGAAGACCGUAGAAGAGCCACGUGAGCUGCCAGCCCGAAGUGAUGCAGCAUGUUCAUCCUUUGCUGAUCUCCCUGAAAAAACUGGGCCAUUGCAGCCCCAAAAGACACACACGCACUCUGAUGGGGACCUGCUCACAGUGGACAGCUUCCCACUGGAUCAAUCUCCUCCCAAAAGUGAUUCUGAACUGUCAAUCAAACCACAGAAAAGUUUUGCUCUGGGGGUUGAAUCCCAUCUGAAGUGGAUCUGGGGAAAGCUCCCUCAGGUGACUAAAUUGAUGCGAGUUAAACCAGCCAACUCCACAAAGACGGUUGAUCCUGCAGCCACCGCCAUCUCUGUGACACCGCUCUCAGCAGAUGAGGCAGCCCCUCUUGUUUCCACCUCUGAACAUCUGGGAGAGGAUUCAAGCCCAGGAGAACCACAGGGAAUACCCUGUUCCUUGGCUGUGCCUGUAACUGAGCCAGCACUUGCACCCCAGGCUGGGAACAGCAUCUCCAGGCUGAAGGACAUCCUCCAUGCUGUCACAGCAAAGAGAUUUUUGGGAGCCUACUCAGUCCCACAAGAGAAACACAAGGAAGAUGUGAAUGUUGUGCCAGAGGUUCAGGCAGAUGUGGAGCCCUUUGAGGGAGCCACUACUUCAAGGCAGGCAGGCUCAGAAAGCCCUGAGUCCCAGCUAGAGAGGCAGAGGAGGCAAGAAUCUAUCAAAAGUCCUCACUUGGGUCCCAGUGCCGUGUAUGUGGAAGACCUCUCCAAGGUGGACAGCAAGCCAGUGGGGAGGAGUGACACAGAGCAGGACCCCAGGAACCCUCUCUGUAUCCAGCUGCCAUCCACCUUGCCUGCCAACAGCCCCAUGGACUCUGACUCAAUGCCCACAGUUGCUCUGUCACUGUGCGGGGGUCUCAGGGGCAACAGGCAGAUCUCUCAUGAGAAGUUCAUGGAACACAUGAUCUCCUACCAGCAGUUUGCUGAGAAUCCAAGGCUUGUCAGUGACCCAAACCUGGUGAUAAUGAUCAACAAGAGGUAUUACAGCUGGGCAGUGGCUGGUCCCAUAGUCCUGGCCCUGCAGGCUUUCCAGAGGAACAUCCCUGAGAGUAUCAUCGACGAAUUGGUGAAGGAGAAGAUGCCCAAGAGACACAGAAGGUGUUGGUUCUCCCGGAGGAGGAGAGAAUUCCUAAGAGAGGGGCGGCAGUCAAGGCCAGGGAAAGCCAGUGUGCGAACACAGCGAGGUGAGCAGGCAGAAAAGGGGACAUCCAGUGACAGUCAUCCCCUGCACCCUGGGGAUAAGUUGGCAGUGCAGCCUGCUCAGAAACCUCUGCCAACCUACAAGAAAUCCCUGCGGCUUUCCUCCAAACAAAUUGGAAAGUUGAAUCUGCAGGAUGGUCCCAACGAGGUGGCAUUCAGCGUGACAACUCAGUACCAGGGCACGUGCCGCUGUGAGGGCACCAUCUACCUGUGGAACUGGAAUGAAAAAGUGGUGAUCUCAGACAUCGAUGGCACCAUCACCAAAUCAGAUGCUCUUGGACACAUCUUGCCACAACUGGGUAAAGAUUGGACUCACCGUGGGAUUGUUAAACUCUUCCACAGAAUCCACCUGAAUGGCUACAAGUUCCUCUACUGCUCGGCCAGGACUAUUGGCAUGGCUCACAUCACGAAAGGCUACCUCAAAUGGGUCAAUGAGCAAGGCUGUGUCCUCCCCAUGGGCCCCAUGCUGCUUUCCCCCAGUAGCCUCUUGUCUGCCUUCCACAGGGAGGUGAUUGAGAAGAAGCCAGAGGUGUUCAAGGUCACCUGCUUGACAGACAUCCGAAAACUGUUUGCUACAAAGAGUCCCUUCUACGCGGGCUUUGGGAACAAACCCAACGAUGUCUACACUUACAAGCAAGUGGGGCUGCCAGAGAGCCGCAUAUUCACAGUGAACCCCAAGGGAGAGCUGAUCCAGGAGCUCACAAAGGACCAAAAGUCAACAUACGAGCGGCUGUUGGAGCUGGUGGAGGUCUUCUUCCCUCCUGUGGAGGGGAGGAGUGCUGCUCUGGCAUUCCCAGAGUACAGCCCCUUUGCCUACCCCACUGCCUGAUGUUGACUCGGAUGGUUGCCCUAACGCCAUCCCUGUGGAGACCUGAGCCAGAGCUCUCCAGCAUGUUCUCUGCCAGAACUAAAUGCUCCAGGUGCACCUCAGUCUCCCUGUUGGCUGCUUGGGCAUUUUACACUUGUACUAGAGGUCAUGACACCCCUUAGCAGGAAGCCAAGGGGUCUAAGAGGGAGCUCUGACUCUACAAAAACUGCAGUUACUAAACACAAAUUCCUGAAAGCUGGGUCUCUUCUGAUGUUUGUAGCUUCUCUAAAGCCUGGCUCUUUUUUAAAGUUGGUGGUUGUUCCCUGUUGUAUUCAUUGAUGAGCUUCUGACAUAGCUAUUACUACCUCUGGUAUGACAAGUGUUCCAGACAGUCCAGCUACUUGCAGUUUGGAAGCUGAAACUGCCCACCAGCUUUUAAAGGUUGAUGGAAG